CCCUCCCCCCCCCCUUUCACUAAUUUUCCUCGAUGUUAGCACAUUCUGCCUUGUAACAACCGGACGCCUGUAGGUUUGUUUCAUGGAAUCAUUACUUACUGAUCAGGAUGGCUACAGAAGCUGGAACUGAAGACUGGAUGUGAACUUGCGGAAAACGUUUUUCAAUUUUUAUUUCUUUAUUACAAUCAUAUCUUGGUGCUUGUUCAAGGAAAGAAGAAAAAAAGGAUUUUUUGUGUGCUUGUGGCUUCUGGUGUUUUGAAUGUGAAAUACUAUCUUUCAGCCUGUGAAGUUGUGAGGAACAAAAUACUUAAGAAGGAAAACCAUAUUUUUUUAAAAAAAAAGGUGGGAGGAAAGAACCUCUUUUGUGUGCCAAAAAGGAAGGAAAUAUGUUUCUUGACGAUUACAGUGCCCGAAAUGUUAGUUGGUUUUUACUUCUUGAUUACUUGCUCUUUAAGUAAAAUGAAGUGGGAUAUUGAGUUCUUGCUGAGACCAGCAAGAACAGAAUUUUGAUUUCUCUGGCUUAAUUUUAAAAAAAAUGAUAAAGGAUUAAAGGAAAAGGUGGACCUGGACUUCAGGGUAUAUACCCAGAUAUACCUGGGGGAGGAAAGCAAGAAGAGUUACACUUUAAAAAGUCCCACGGAGAUAAACGAAUGUCCCCUCAUCUACAAAGGAAAGUUCGUCUGAUUUUUACUCAAGAGUUCUCAUCUUCAGGAUGUCAUUGAACACUUCCACUGCUGGCAAAUGUGUGGAUCCAAACACAGUUGAUACCUAUGACAGUGGUGAUGACUGGGAAAUCGGGGUUGGGAAUUUAAUUAUUGAUUUGGAUGCAGAUUUGGAAAAAGACAGACAAAAGUUUGAGAUGAAUAAUUCUACCAAUUCCAAGGAUUGUGGGAGUCUUGCUUCUAGUGGAGUUAAUCCUACCUCAGCCUUAGCUGAUGGCCUAAAAUUUUCUUCUGUUCAGCCCCCUGCUUCUCAGGGGAAUUCCUCACACAAAGAAACUAGCAAAUCAAAAGUGAAAAGGAGUAAAACUUCGAAGGAUGCUAGUAAAUCUCUGCCUUCUGCUGCCUUGUAUGGAAUUCCUGAAAUCAGCAGUGCUGGCAAGAGGCAGGAAGUCCAAGGGCGCCCAAGCGAGGCAGGUGGCAUGAAUUCAGCACUGGGUCAAAGUAUGAACAGCAGCCCAAAUGGCAAUAAUAGUACCACCAGCAUCAAUAACAACACUCUUGCCAAUUGUGGGAAAACUAAGGAGGAGAAAACAGGUAAAACCCAAGCCAGCAGAGGCUCCAAGCGGGAUAAAGAUGGAGGGAAAUCCAGGAAAGACCGGCAACUUGAUCUACAGCAAGGACCCUCAAAUAACUCUAGCCAAACUGCUCCUGGGCACUUGUACAGUUUUGGGGCCAAGGGAGGUUGUGCUGGGAGCAGCAUCCCUUUCAAUUGUACCUCCUCCUCCACAGCUGGGGAUGUGAACAAAAGUGCUCCAGAUUCAGGGUUAAUGGGGAACUCUAUUUUGGUAAAGAAAGAAGAGGAAGAAGAGGAAAGCCACAGGAGAAUAAAAAAGCUGAAAACAGAAAAGGUUGACCCGCUCUUUACAGUGCCUGCACCUCCGCCUCCUAUUUCCAGUAAUUUGACAACUCAGAUUCUACCUUCCUAUUUUUCACCAUCUUCGUCCAACAUUGCAGCCCCUGUGGAGCAACUUUUGGUACGGACUCGUUCAGUGGGUGUGAACACUUGUGAUGUUGGAAUAGUAACAGAACCUGAAUGCCUUGGACCAUGUGAACCUGGAACCAGUGUAAAUUUGGAAGGGAUUGUAUGGCAUGAAACUGAAGAAGGUGUCCUUGUUGUUAAUGUUACUUGGAGAAAUAAAACCUAUGUUGGAACGUUGCUUGAUUGCACAAAACACGAUUGGGCUCCUCCCAGGUUUUGUGAAUCGCCAACAAGUGACCUGGAAAUGCGAGGAGGUCGGGGCAGAGGAAAGCGAGCAAGGUCUGCAGCAACUACAACCACACCAGGGACUGACAUUACCUUUACAGAAUCCAGAGGACUACAGAACAAGAACAGAGGUGGUGCUAAUGGAAAAGGAAGACGGGGCAGCCUUAAUUCUAGUGGCCGCAGGACACCCCCCAACUGUGCUGUGGAGGAUGUGAAAGUCAGCCCUUUGUCAAACAACAAGAGGAAAAACAAGCCACCCAUGGAGCUGGACUUGAAUUCCAGUUCAGAGGACAACAAAUCUGGAAAGCGUGUGCGCACCAAUUCUAGAAGCACUCCUACCACUCCACAAGGGAAACCAGAGACUGCUUUUUUAGACCAAGGUUGCUCUUCUCCAGUGUUGAUUGAUUGCCCCCAUCCUAACUGCAACAAAAAGUACAAGCACAUUAAUGGAUUGAGGUAUCAUCAGGCUCAUGCACAUUUAGACCCAGAAAACAAACUGGAAUUUGAGCCUGACAGUGAAGACAAAAUCUCAGACUGUGAGGAAGCACUUGGCAACGUGGCACUUGAAUGCAGUGACCCAAGCACAAGCUUAUCACAUUUUGAUCAGCUGAAGGGGCCCCUGUCUCCUUGUUCCCUGAGUACCCCUGGAACACCAAAGGGGAAACGGGAGCAGGCCCAGAAUGGCAGGAAUUCUGGCAAAAAGAGGGGCUUGAACAGUGAACUGAAUAGUCUCCCAGUUAUUUCCAAUAUGACAGUGACUCUGGAAAACUGUUCAGUGGCAGAAAACAGUUUGGCCAGUGAAAUGCCCAAGCUAGAAGCUGAAGGACUAAUAGACAAGAAAAACCUAGGAGAAAAAGACAAAGGCAAAAAAGCCAAUAACUGUAAAGUAGAUAAAAAUCUGUCCAAGCUGAAAACUGCCAGACCGAUUGCCCCAGCUCCAGCUCCCACUCCGCCUCAAUUAAUAGCUAUCCCCACAGCAGCUUUUACAACCACCACCACUGGGUCAAUAUCAGGACUGCCCUCCCUGACAACCACUGUUGUGCAGGCUACACCAAAGAGCCCUCCGCUAAAACCUAUUCAACCAAAGCCCACAAUCAUGGGAGAGCCAAACACUGUCAGUCCAGCUCUCACAUUACUCAAAGACAAAAAGAAAAAAGAGAAGAGAAAACUUAAAGACAAAGAAAGCAAAGAGACUGGGAAUCCUAAAGUGGAUUUGAAGCUGGGAAAAUUGGAGGACACCAAGGGGUCUGGGAAAGAGAUUAGUGGGCAUUUUUUAAAGGAACAUCUCAGCAAGAAUGAAGUGUUAGCUAAUGGACUGUCAGAGUCUCAGGAGAGCAGGAUGGCAAGCAUUAAAGCUGAAGCUGAUAAAGUUUACACUUUCACAGACAAUGCCCCCAGCCCUUCGAUAGGGAGUUCCUCCAGAAUGGAAUGCAGCCCUUUAGUGAAUGGACAGUCUUCAGUGGCGCCACUGCAUGUGUUGACACAGAAUGGGGCAGAGGGUGCUGCUGCUAAAACUAACAGUCCUGCUUAUUCGGAUAUCUCUGAUGCUGCAGACGAUGGUGGUUCUGACAGCAGGUCAGAGGGCAUGAGGUCAAAGGCCAGCUCUCCUUCAGAUAUUAUUUCUAAUAAGGACAGUGUUGGAAAAGGACAUUCUUCAACCCCGGUACAAUUACCCCAAGUAAAAGAGGCUCAUUCUCCUUAUUACCAUGGCUACGAUCCUUAUUAUUCUCCAAGCUACAUGCACUCUGGACAGGUCAGCACCCCCGCAGCUGGGAACAGCAGCAAUAACCCCCAGGGAAUGAAGAUCAAAAAGGAGGCUGAGGAAGAGGCUGAGAAAAAAGACAAGGCAGAGCCUCCCGAGUCCAAAAAAAGUGAAGCUGGUCCCACUAAUUUGCAGCCUCAACACCAGUCUGUAAUAACUCAAAGGCACCCUGCACUUGCCCAGUCACUUUACUAUGGCCAGUAUGCCUAUGGGCUUUAUAUGGACCAAAAAUCCUUAAUGGCCUCUAACCCUGCUUAUAGGCAGCAGUAUGAAAAAUACUAUGAGGACCAGAGAUUAGCAGAACAGAAAGUGACACAAACUGGCAGAGAAUGUGAAAGGAAAAACGAGCUCCCCCUGAAAGAUCUGGGAAAAGAUGACAAGUUGAAAAAUAUACCCUCUGCUACAAUCUCAAAAGCACCUUCAGCUUCGGAGACCAGUAAAAACAACACUAAAAUAGGGUCAUCAGUCCCUAAUAAAACUGAUGAGACAAGUAAAUCACAGAUGCUUUCGAAUCAUCAGCAACAAAUUCAGUCCGAUAGCUUCAAAGCAAAACAAAUGGAAAACCAUCAGCUUAUAAAGGAAGCUGUGGAAAUGAAAUCUGUUAUGGAUUCUAUGAAGCAGACUGGAGUAGAUCCUACUACAAGGUUUAAACAGGACCCAGAUACAAGAACAUGGCAUCAUUAUGUAUAUCAGCCAAAAUAUCUUGAUCAGCAGAAAGUGGAAGAACUGGACCGUGAAAAAAAAUUAAAAGAAGAUAGCCCCAGAAAAACACCUAAUAAAGAAGCUUCUUUCUCCAGCCUUCCAGUUUCAUUGAACAGCAUUAAAGAAGAGCCUAAGGAGAUGAAGCGUUCUGAUUCUCAGCCACUGGAGGAGAACAAGAUAAAAAAUGAUGAUCAAAAGACUGCUGUAAAUUGGAAGGAAUCCCGGGGUACCAGAGUGGCUGUUUCCUCUCCAAUGACUCAGCAUCAGUCAUAUAUACAGUACUUGCAUGCUUACCCUUACCCACAAAUGUAUGAUCCCAAUCAUCCUGCAUACCGCGCUGUUUCUCCUGUUCUCAUGCAUAGUUAUCCAGGGGCCUAUCUCUCACCAGGAUUUCAUUAUCCUGUUUACGGAAAGAUGUCUGGGAGAGAAGAGGUGGAAAAAGUCAAUACCAGCCCUAGCAUCAGCGUAAAAUCAACCACUGAAUCUAAAGCACUGGAUUUGUUGCAGCAGCAUGCCAACCAGUAUCGCAGCAAGUCACCUGUGCCUGUGGAAAAAUCUACAGCUGAACGCGAGAGAGAAGCAGAAAGGGAACGAGAUCGUCAUUCUCCCUUUAGUCAACGGCAUCUUCAUACACAUCACCAUACACAUGUUGGAAUGGGCUACCCGCUAAUUCCAGGUCAAUAUGAUCCAUUUCAAGAAUGUCAGUUCAUUGUUGACGUUACUGAGGAUGAUUCAAUUAUUGAUGAUGAUUUCAAUAAUAAUUUGGAUGAUAAUAUUGUUCAUGAUGAUGUCAGGAUUCCCAGUUAA